AGAUCAUGCUAAAUAUUUAGAACAUGUAUGUUUAAGGAUUGGUAUUUUCUAAGGUCUUUUUGCAAGACUUGAUAACUAUAAAGUCUUAGGUAUUAUGAUUACUGCAUCUCAUAACCCAAUAUAAGAUAAUGGAAUAAAAAUAACUGAUUUUGACGGUAACAUGAUUCGAAAUUAACUCGAAAAAGAAUUAGAGAAAUUUGUAGUUGAACCAUGUAUUAAUAAAGCUAUAAAUCAAAUUCUUGAAGUACUACAUAAUUUACCAGGCUAUAAUUUAAAUAAUAAAGGUUUAGUUUUUGUAGGAAGAGAUACAAGACCUUCUAAUGAAAUAUUAGUUCCUUUAAUAGAAAAAGGGCUUACAUCAGUUAAUUGCUAAUUUAUAGAUGUUGGUAAAGUAACAACUCCUAUGUUACAUCACAAUGUAUGGUACUUUAAUUGUUUUUAACAUCAUUUAACUCGAGAAUCUUGGGCAGAAUAAUUUACAUCAAGUUAUUUUGAUGUUUAUUGGGGUUUUUUAACUAAUUUAUGUAAGGUUUAGGAUAUAAAAAGAAAGAUAAUGAAUAUAUUCUUUUAGAUAUUUCAAAUGGAGUUGGUGGUUUAAGAAUAGGACCAUUCAAAGUUGCUAUAUAGAAAUACUUUAAUUUUGAUGUAUUAAAUGAUAAAAAUUAAGAAUAACUAAAUGUUGGAUGCGGUGCUGAAUUUGUUCACAAAGAAUAAUAAUAUCCUCUUGGAUUUGUGGAAAGAUUAAAAACUUUUCCCGAUCUUAAAAAUGUUAGAUGUGUUAGUUAUGAUGGUGAUUCUGAUAGAAUUGUUUAUUUGUACUUUUAUAUAUAUAUAAUAAUUUUUUUAUAUAAAUAAAAAUAAAGCUUACCAACAAAUGAUUUAAAAUAAAUUAGAUUAAUGGAUGGUGAUAAAAUGAUAUCUUUAUUUGCUUUAUAUUUUAAAACUGCGUUAAAUAACCUUGAAAAAGCAGUAGAAGCGGCAAACAAUACAGGAGAUGUCAAAAUAUAAGACUUAAAACCAAAGCAUUGGAAUAUUGGAAUGGUAUAAACACCUUAUGCUAAUGGAUCUUCUUCUAUUUACUUAAAGGAAAAAUUAGGAUUAAAUGUUUUUUUUCACCUAAUGGAGUAAAAAACCUACACCCUAAUGCGCAUAAAAAUGAUAUUGGAAUCUAUUGCGAAUCAAAUGGGCAUGGAACAUUUCUUGUAUCGGAAAAAAGAACCGAAGAAUUACACUAGGCAAUUCUUUAAUUAAAAAAGGCCAAAGCUCGAAAUGAGGAAAAUUCUAAAAUUCUUCAUGAUUGUUUGUAUUAAGCUGAAUAACUUUAUAGAUAUAUAAGAAUUUGCAAUUAAAGUGUAGGUGAUUCUAUUACCAAUAUGCUUUGUAUUGAAGCUGCAAUGGCAGCUCUUAACUUUAGUCAUGAAGAUUAUAUUGGAAUGUAUGAUGAUUUAAAAUGCAAAAAUACUAAAGUUGUUGUUAAAGAUAAAAGCAGAAUAAAAGUUUCUUAUCCUGAAGACAAAGUUUUAGAACCUAAAGAAUUGUAAGAUAAAUUAGAUGCCAUUGUUGCUUUACAUCCUGGAAGUAGGGCUUUUAUUAGGCCUUCAGGUACUGAAGAUAUUGUAAGAAUUUAUGCAGAACAUAAAGACAUGGAGACUGUUGAUAAAGUUUCUUAAGAAAUAGCUUAAAUGAUUUUGAAAGAUAAAAUUAUUAAUUGAAAAUAUUUUUGAAAAAAUAAAGCAAU